GGGAGUCGCGUCACUCGGGCGGCCGCCGCCGCGCGAUCCGCCCGCACCAUGUCGGUGCGUAUAGAUCAUCGAGAUCGCGACCGAUUCUCGAGACAUUCUUCCCGCGCUUCUGUUGAUUUGGCUUUCCCGAGUAGCUCCACACGAGAACAUUCUUUUCGCUCGGUGCAUUCGGCCCGCGUACCGCGAGUUGCUAGCGAUGAUUUGAUGGUACCUGUGCGUACGCUGCGAUCAGCCUCAUGUCGCGUAGCACCCGGUGCACCACAUCGUCUGCGUCGACACCAUUCAUCCGCUGCAGAAUGCGAGCGCGCGCGCCGCUCUCGUCGCCAUACGCUCGAACUACCCAACAGCCGAGGGCCGAGUGUUCGCAGCCGCUCUCCUGAGCCAGCUCCGCCACUGCCUGAGCCGGAAAUCCCGCCAGAAGAUGCUGGGAAGGAAGCACGAAGACGACGUGUGGUAGCUGCCGUCGCCGCUUCCUUCUUCGCGCUAGCUCUAGCAUCGGUCCUCGUGGUGGUGGUCACACUGACUCACAGCUCUGUGCUGCGAGCACACAACCAAACGGCCAAUUCGCCAGGAGAACGAGCGCAUGAUGCACGACGUCCUCCAGGGGGGAGUCUUAAAUCGCACCCAGUCGUUGGGGGCAUUGCGCUGACGCCGCGCUAUUCGCCGCGGCCGCGGCUCGACGUACGGCCCGCCGCCGCGCCGCCCGAGGAGCCCGUCGAAACCGACCCCCAGCCCGAACCCGAGCCGGGCUCCGGGCACAAUCUCAACGACGAGGAGCACACGAACCCCGCCGCACAACCCGUCGCCCACCACUCACAGAGCGGCCUCCGACAAUCGGUGAGCGAAGCCACCGCGGGCCCCACGUGAGCCAUCACUGUUCGGCCUGCACCAGUGGCGGCACUACAAUUGUGAACGCACAAACAAUUUACAGCAACUCGCACUUUAGCUGUGACACGUAUGUGAAAUGAGAGAAUUUUCAUAGGCGCGUUAGUUACUCGUUCGUGAGUUGAGAGUGACAAUGCAGAAGUGUAGGUAGAUAAUGUGAAUUUGUGAAUAAAUAGAAUGAAAUGUUAAUUGUUGAAAUGUAACAAAUAGGAUUUAAAAGACAGAAUGUCAAUAAAUUUGUGUAGUUAAAAUGCAAAUUGUCUAAGAAGUAUCAAAAAGCACGUAAACUAAAGAAAGAAAUACAACUAAAUAUAUGAGUGUGAAGCUGUAAUGUAGGUAGAUAUUUGUAUGGCUGUACAAUAAUGAUUGGUGUUUAGAUUAAUGCAACAUGAAAAGUAUACAAAAGCAUAACUGAGAAAAGAAGGGGCAUCUGACUGUUAAGUUAAACUAUUGAAUGUAUUGGAUGUGUAUGUAUUUAUUGGAAACUUGGUUGAAGAGCCAAAGGAUGAACAUAGUCAAAUGACGGUAUCAAACUUUUAUACCGUCUAAAUUUCCUAAAGAUAAGUUUCACUUAUGACGUAUUAUGAUGUUUAAUGAAAUAAUAUAUUUACACGACUCCUUAUCAAAAUUUGGAGUUUCCAUACCUAAGAUUACUUAUUGAUAUUUACACAACUGUAUAUCAAUCACAUCCAAACUAGAUAGUUUAAAUUGGGAUCAAUAUUUGCUGUGGGAAUUAGUUAUAUUUCUUACUUUAGCUAAUUAGUACUUCAUAAUUUCAUAGAUAUGAGGUGUCAUAACAAAUGCAAGGAAUAAUCAAGUUUAGAAGAAAAAUAAUGCCCAUUAUAUAAAAUAAUGUUGUAAUAAUAAAAUAAUAUUGAAUCAAAUAUCAGAUUUGAAAUGUAAGAGAAUAAAUUCUAUAAUGAAUAUUUCAUUCGGUACCCAUUAAUACUUUAAUAAGAGCACAGUUUAAUUACGUAUUAUUUAAUAAUCUUGCUACAACACAACACGUUAGCUUAUUUUAUGGUAUUAUUGUUUUCUAAUAAUGUUUACUGAUGCUUCAGCACAAUAUAAAUGAGAUAAAUGUAUACUUAAAGACCACAAUACUCAUGAUCUUAACGAAAGAGCUUUCGAAACUGUGCUUAUAUCUAUUAAGUUGUAAUCUAAGAGCUUUUUGUAAGUAGUUGUUGUAGAUAAUAUUGUAAUAAGCAUCGACAAGUUACCUCUUGUCGAUGCUGAAACUACAGAAGUUGGCUCACUCUGGUGGUUUAUGGCAAACAUCGACUAUUCUUAAUGCUCUCAACGUUAGAACUCCAGAUUUGAGAUUUCAUCAGGAAUUAUUUAUAGUUCGCUCGUAAGGUCCGCGAGCUGCCUCGUUCCAUGUCAAUAUGUAGUCUCACUAAAAUAUUGUAAUUCAGAAGAAUAAGAUGACCAAGUCAUAAUAUUUAAAAUAUUGUACCUCUAUUUACCUUAGAUUUUUUAACACUGGAGGCAACAUACAUACUCGUAUUAUAUUCUGCAAUUUUCUGUUUGUCAAUUAAUAAUUAGCCAAAAUAAACCAUGAGAGAAAAGAAAGCAUUCCGUGUUGAAUGUUCUAAGAUUAACAAUGUUUAAUUAUAAUAAUCCUUGGGGAAAAACCAUACAAUUAUAUUUUGUACUCUGAAAGGUGAGGAUUUCAUCUCAAAUUUUAAAGUAGGCCUACUGCAUAUGCACACGAAAAGAUUGUUGGCAAGCCGAAUUUCACAUUGAUACUGUUUACUAUUUAUAUAUAAUACAUAGUUAUUGUGACCUUUAGUUGCUUAAGAUGCCUGGGAAAGGCUCGUGACGAAAGGCGGGCCAGGGUUUUCGCUAAUGGCAUUAUCUUACUACAGACACUGUUUUAAUCUUAUUUGCAUUAAAUAACUUGAAAAGUGAUUACUUUCAUGUUCACUACAAAAUUAUAAAUGUAAAAGCUUCUACUCAAUUUUGAUAUGUUUGGUUCACAUAUUUGUUUUGUAAUAAGAUACUUUUUGAAUAUUAACUGAAAUUAAUUCUAAACAUAUUAAAUGCCAAUAAUUUUGAUCAAAAUACAUUUUAAUAUAAAUAAUAUUGAUUAUUUUCUUAAAUUUUACUAUUUAUACAAAUCACUUGGUUACAAUGUCGAAAUUUCUUAAUAAAAAUCGCAACAAUGUUGCCAAAACUCAUUUCCAGUAUUACCCAAGUUAAUAGAUAGAGGUCGAAAAAAUGUAUACAACAAAUAUGUAUAUUUACACAAUUAUUUAAUUAAAGCACUUAUAUACAGUUGUCUGUUGUGGAGGAAUGCCCAUUUGCUGUUCCGUGUUACGAAUAAUGUUAAUGUGAGACGCGAUGUUCGGUGCCCACUUAUCGGAAAUUUCCGACCCGUCAACGCCUCAACAAUGUACACGUCACCUGCUUUUAAAAUUUGAUGCCUUUAUACAAUUCCCGUGAAGUUUCCGAACUCUAAAGCUUUUAAGUGCUACUCAAAAUAUAAGUUAUGUGCAAUUAAUAAGUUACUCGAUAGUGAAAAUGGAAUGGUAACUCGGUCUCUCUAUUGGUUUAUAUUAACGGUGGCGCUGUGCCAUUAAAAGAUUAUAGAAGAGCAUGAAUUCAAUCCACCUAGUCUAGUAACAAACUAAUAUAUCGAUAGAUACGUUUUCGUCAGCACACACACGUCAAAUAACAACACAUCAUUACUAUUUCUUAUCUCAUGUAUGGAGCACCUAUAACGUAUCUAUCAUUAAAUUCAUUUACUACUAGUCUGGAAGAACAGGUCAAUUCCAAAAGUAACCGCCCAAAGAUAUAUACAUAUAAAUAACUGAUAUCUUGCUUAUUUGUUCCAUAAAAUAGAAGGCGCGCGUUGUUGUUUGGGCCUGAAGAGUGGAAUAGUCAAUGCAAUCACCGAAAUAAAAGGCAUAACGCAUUAGUUCAUGGAUAUGACAAUAUAGGAGCUGCAAGGAUGACGAAACAAUAUAUAUAUUCUCUAUUCUCCUCGACGUUAUUGGACUAAUGGACUGUCAACUUAUCUGCCAUUCUCAAUGCAAUAUAUAUUCUUAUUGAUUCCUAAUAAUAUAAAUGUGAAUGUUUGUACAAAUGUUGAUAACUGAAUAAAUUUGUACAAAAUUUUGUACGAAAAUAUAUUUUAUCCAAAAUGAACACAAAGCUAUCCUUUUUUAAUAACUAAUAUAGUAUCAUUAUCUUGGUGACGUAUCAAUUAUUUUUGGUCCUAAAACGCCAAAUCGCGGAAUGCUGUUGAAUUAAAAACUAUUUAAAUAAGUUGUGAUUUAUUAUAGUCAUUUACAAUUCAUAUUAUUGUUAAAUCUUUUCUUUUUAUAAAUCACUCUAUAAAGUAGACUCAAAAUCAUAUUUCAAUAAGUGGGCAUCGAGUUAAUCGUUCGCUAAUAGUUAUUAAUAUGUGUAUCGACAAUUAAUUGUAUGUAUUUAGUCUAAUAUAUUUAAUUACGACCUGCGUCCCCCCAUCCUCGUGUGAUACGAUAUGGUACGUGUUCAAAUCGUUAUCGUUUACACGAAAUGUUGUAAGCAGUAAGACAACGCCGAACGUUAGCCGCCGGCGCGACCGCGCCGCGUGAAUCUUUCAUUCGGCUAUACUAGAGAUCAAUUCCAAAUAUAAACAGGACCUAUUAACGUAAUUAGUGUUAGAGGGAGAAUACAAAGAAUUUUAUAGUUGUUUGUUGUAAAUGUCAGUUUUAAUUAAUCUAUUUUACAGAAAAAUGUUUAUUAAAAUAUCUUUAUAAAAUAA